ACGGCAAACAGUCAAUACAAGAUGGCGUCUCCGUCAACGCAACAACCGGAGCCGAACCUGUGCGAGUCCCCGGUCCCGGCAUCCAUGUUCUCCCCGGAGCCUGAAGCCGAGGACUCAGACUGCAGCCUGGACGGGGAGCCCAUGCGGAAUGGGGAGGCAGAUCUAGAUCUGACUUCUAAAGUAAGGCUCGGCAUGGGGGUCCUCCUCGCUCCCAGCCUGGCCGGCUGAGGGAAUGGGCUGGGGGACGUGUCACUCAGGACAGGGCGGGGAUGUGGGGCCCUCUAGCUGUCACCGCUCUGCGGGCACCGACAUGACGUGUCCCGGGCCGGCAUUCACCGUCCGCUAUGGCCUACAGUGCCCUGCUAUGGGUCUGUUACACGAUCACACGGGUGACGUGGGCUCCUGCCCAAUACAAACAUGGGGGCAGCUCAUUCAGCAGCCUUAAUAAUAUUACAUUACAUUACACUAUACUACAUUAUAUUACAUUACACUAUACUACAUUAUAUUACAUUACACUAUACUACAUUAUAUUACAUUACACUAUACUACAUUACACUAUACUACAUUAUAUAUUACCUGGCAGGAGAGGCCAUACAGCCUUACUACAUUAUAUUAUAUUGCAUUACCUGACAGGAGAGGCCAUACAGCCUUACUACAUUACCUGGCAGGAGAGUCCAUAUAAACAGAUACUGUAUAUUAACUAUCCUCCAACACCCAGCCUCCCAUUCAUUCAUACUCUGUAUUGAUCGGUCCGUGGGAGAGACAGGUGCCACUCCUAAAGUAUGGGACCCACUCAGCACUCUGUGUGUUAUCUAGUGCAGGACAUAUGGAUCAGAGUGAAAGGGAAGAAAAACACCCCAAACUCAGCUAUACUAUAUAUGAUCAUGUGGCACUCUGUAACUAAACUUGGCUCUUGGCCGGGCUGACGUAUAUGUUUGUAAUUUUCUGCAUUAAAAAUACCUCUUGUUUUAUAUUUAUAUGCUAUUAAGAAACAUUAGUUUGGUUUUAAAAAAAAACAAAAAAAAAACCUACAUUUAAAGAACUUCUUGUUUGGUUUUUCUGAUGAGAUGUAGCGUGUGGGGUGUUUUUUGUUUUUAAUGUAUGUGUGUUGCUUUUAUGUAAAAGCUUACUUUAUUUACUAAACUAACCUAGGAAUUUAUUUUCUUGUGUUUAUUUAAACGCUGGUCUGGCCUGAUUUGGAGUCCCAGCUGUUUUAAUCGUGUUUACUAUAACAUAAAAGUAAAUUCAUUACUAAUAAUGCUAUAAACUCGUUUCUAUUGUGCCUCUUGCAUGAUCUAUCGAACUAAAUUAUUCUAGUAUGAUUCACCUUAAUCAAAAACAUGUUUGUGUUAAAUGAAUUGACCAAAGUGUGCAAUAUAUUCUCCACACUUUUUUUUUUUUUUUGUACUUGUAAUGACUUUCGUGUGUUUAAUGUGUAUAUUUAAAAAAUCUCUCUCCUCCGUCAGCAGACAAAUAGAUGUGACUUCAUUGCUUAUUGUUUUCUGUCUAUAAAAGCAUUCUGUGAGAGUGCGCUGUAGUGCCUGGCCAACAUUUACAUGUAACAUGGUGAAGGUAGCAAUUGAGCUGUUUCCAUGGGACUAUUCUCCUAUGGCCCUGACUAUCAGUUGUCCACUGGGGUCUUCUUCAAAAGACUUCAACUCUCUUCUCCAUUGCAGACAUUUGUAAAUGGUUUUUUAAUGACUCAGGGUUUUGGGAAUGUUCUAGGUAAGUUAACUGUGGAAUGCUGGAAUAAAGGCCAUAUUCUAAUGUGUAAUAAGAUUUUUAGUUUCUGAUGUGUUCUUGCACAUAAUUUUGUAGAAAAAGUUGUGUAUUUUCUAAAUCUCUGUGCCUUGAUUCUUAAUCAGAUUAUUAAAUGAUUGUCAGUUUUUUUUUUUUUUUGUUGUUGUUGUAUGUUGACUUCUAACAGCUGACGAAAUGUGUCUGUAACAUCUGAUCUAGUGGAUGAGUAACUUUUGUUAUUAGUCUGUAAUAUCAGUGGCUGGAACAAGUGGAUGCUAUGUGUGAUACACUUUUAUUCAGUGAAGGCCAAAUCUGUAGUUUCAUAUGUGGCCACUUAAACUUCUGGUUAAUCGUUAUUCUGAUAUACAGAUGCCUGCCCUCUACUGGGGGAUAGUGGAAUUGCCUAGUGAUCACCCAGUGGGUCUUAGUCCAGAUGUUAAGUAGCUAAAUUCAUGUGCUUUUUUUUUUUAUGUAUCAUAUACAUGGCAGAAUGGUAAUCUUUACACUGCCUUCCUUUUUGCUACUUGGCAGAUAUUUGCUGUAAAGAUUCAAUAUUGCAAGGAAAUAAAAAAAACCUAUCCUUGAGGACACUACUGCUCACCUGUCUGUAGCAAACAUGUCCCCCUUCAAGCUGCAGGUGUGUAAAAUGUGUUCUGCUUUAUGCAGUUACUUACCACCUUCUUACUCCUGUUUUUAUCAUCAAAUGUAGCUGACCUUAGGUAAUCACAUUCACAAGCACCUUGAGAGGAAAUCUUUUCCAUUACAUAGUAUUACUGUAUGCAUCCUCCAGAAGAGAAAUGCAUAUAAAGGUGUCAUUUCAGGCAAAGGAAUCUUCUCUCUCAAUUCUGGAAUUUACAACUGGAUGUGACCCUUCUUCAUGAAACAAACUGGCAUCAGUGACUUGCACAUUGUGGAGGACCUUCCACCCCUCUAAGGGGGUGCAUGUAUCCAACAUCCUUUUUAUAAAUAAAUUUAACUUGUCGUUUUUUUUUUUUUGUUUUUUUUUUCUUCUACUUUUUAACAUUAUCAAAAACUAAAUGGUGCUUGAGUUUAUUUCCUGACAAAGGAUAAAAAGUCACUUAAAAAAAUAUAAAUUCUAAUAUUUGUUUACACCCUCUCUUCCUACCCUUCCCAUUCUCCCUUUCAAUGGCCUCCGCUGUACUAAAUGAAACUCAAAAGUACAUGUUCUAAAACAAUUAACAUAGGAAACAAAUUUUAAAAAAUGAGCAUAUUGUUUGAUAUCACAGUAGAAUUUACUAUAAUAAAUAUGGCAUUUUUAUUUUUUUUUUCAUGUCCAUUAAUUUCGGUGUAGAAAGGCAGACUUAAUGGACAGGUGAAUCUCUAUUUUACUGAAGAGGAAAAGGUCAAGUGUAUAAGAUUUCAGCUGACGAAAUGUCUCUAACUUCUUGAGCGAGUAACUUGUUUAUGCCUUGUAAUAAUAUGGGUGGGACACAAAAUGCAUUUCAUGCUGUAUGUCUCAUCUUUUGUCUAGUAUAGCUAAUCUAGGUCUUAUAUUUGCUUCUAUGUUUUAGUUCGCUCGCUCGCACUCUCGCUCCCUAAAGUGCUCAUUUUUAAGAAUACAAGUCCAUUAGAAAUAUACCUGUUCCAGUACAGAUUAGGAACAUUUCACACAACCUCCUGGAUAUAUUUAUUUUUUAUUUUAUAUGUACUUAUACUGACUAUCCUAAAUCUACAACACGAGCUGAGGGUUUCCUAAUAAAAAAUAAAAUGGCAGGUGCGGGAGGAACCAUUUCAACCAUAAAACAUGUCUAAUAGGUACAUGUAUAACAUUUAUGUAAUAUCCAAAUGGCACAACAUGAGCAACUGGGAUUGGUAAAGGUUGAGUACUAUCAAUACAUGCAUUUGUUACUGGUGUAUGCAGCAGAAUCAUUGUCAUCCAUGUUGCCUAUUCAAAUGCACCAGCACUAGAAAAUGUAUUAUGUUUAUCAGUAGUUCCCAAACAAGUCUUCAUUGACCCAGCUUUUAUCAGUAUCUCCAUAUGUGCGGUGGUUGCUAUGGAAACCCCCUAGCUGGCACUUCAAGCACUGGCUAUAGAGUAUAGAAAAAGAGUGACAUAAUAUCACUCUAUUUUGGCAAUGAAGCCAGUGUGCCGAGGUUUGCUUCAUGAUGCGUCUCCAAGCAGAGAAAGUCAAAGAACGGAGAUGGUGUGGGGACAGCCAAGAGGUGGCAGUUACGUGAGGUGAUGCCCACAAAUCUUUACGAUGAUGCUGGAAUUCAGAGCGAUGAUUAAAUCUCAAUUUUACAUUGAAUACAUCCCUUAUUUUUGUGAUACAUCAGCAGUUCCCAAACUGUGUGCCGCAGUGCCGUGACAGGCACACAGGUGCUACAGAAUGGUUCCCCGGGGCUAUGAUUAUAGCACCGGGAAACAUUACUGCUGAACACAGGCCUGGUCUGGUUAUACAGUCCUUUUUUAAGACCGCAACUGGGCCCAUGUAAUGUUGGCCUGGCUGGGAGGAAGGGACAGGCUGUCACUUCCUCCCAGCAUCAUACAGAGCGACAGCGUGUGAGGGAGAGGAGCACUCCAAGAGCUGCUCCCGACCCCUCACUCUCACAAGAAGGACCAGGACUCCAAGCCAUCCUCAUGGACACAUAAGGUAACAGAGGAGAGAGAGAGAGAGAGUGUGUGUGUAUAUAUAUUCAGUGUGCUUUUGUGUCUGUGUGGGGUGUUUUUUUUUGUUUUGUUUUUUUUGGGGGGGGGAAUGGGGGAAUUUCCAUUCUCAGGUGUGUAUCUAUAUGUAUGGGUUGGUGUCUAUGAACUUGUGUGUAAGUAUGUAUGUGCAUACAUUCAAGCAGUCAUACAACAGCACAACAUACGAAUACACUCCUGCAAUCUAACACAAAAAUUACAUACAAACACACCUCUGCAUUCAAACUCCAAAAGGAUAUACAAACACGCCCCUUCACUCAAACACAAAUGUACAUCUGCAUUUAAAAGUGAACAUUACAUACAAGCACCCCUUCAAACAUCAACACUGAACAUUACACUAUUGCGCCAGUAAAUUUGGUAGAGCUGCCCAGAUCUAUAACCUAGAACUUUUUACUUGGGGUGCCUUGGAAAAAUAUUUGGAAUAUUAAGGGUGCCUUGAACCUAAAAAGUUUGGGAACCACUGUGAUCGAUGAGGUGUGGCAGUAAGUCCAGGUGUGUGUGGUUGUGUGUGUUUUUUUUUUUUUUCGUCCCUUCCUCCUAUCACAAAAUUAAAUAAUGAAAUGGUUCAGUUUUACCCAUGUCAGAAUAAAGGAAAACAAGCCAUUCAUAAAGUGGAUAAUAUGUCUCUUUGUAUAAAACUAACACCAUGUAUGUACAAAAUAAUGACUUUCCACACCCAAUGUGAUAACUAAUUAUUCUAUCUAAAUCCAAGGCUCACUAGCAACACAAACAAUGGUCAAUGGAAAAACCUACUUGGUGAGCAGGCACUAAUCAGGUUUUAUUGUGUAGCUGCCUAUGGGGUCAAAGUUGCAAUUAAACUACAGAGCUAGUGAAAAUAGACUGUCAAUGGAAGACUAAAGUAAGCUAAAACACACACAGAGGUGGCCGUCUGGCCAUUAUUCUUCGUGUGUGUGUGAGAGAGCUCUAUAAAUGGGAGAACUAACCUGUUCUCACUAUAUUUGUAGUGGAUAGUACAGAGAACAGAAAACCAACAAUAAAAAGUCAAAUAAAUCCAUAAAUGGUUGGUUUCCAAUAGCCUAUAUAAUUAUCUAUUGGAGAAACAAAAGUUAAAUGAAAAAAAUUAUUGGUUAUCCCUUUGGGUGUGGGAGGGGUCAUUACUUUGCACAUACAUUGUUUUACAUAAUAAUAAUACCUUUUAUUUACAGAGUAGGAUUAGCCACUUUUUUUUUUCUUUUCUUAUUUCUUUCUACAGCAUUUACCAUAAUUUUGGCAUUAACACCUAUCCUCAAUUUGGACUGUGUAAUUUUCAUCUCCUAAUUUCAAGUUAAGUUUAAUAGAUACAAUAUGAAUAGAAUUUCAUAUGGAGAGAACAGUGAUAAAUAUGAUCUAACACAGUAGUACCCACCACAAUAGCUAUAACUAAUAAUAUUGAUCUAAUAAAUACAUCAGAGCUCUUCAGAUUACACAGAUACAGUGGUUUGCAGUCAGCAAAAUCCAUCUAAACAUGUUAUGUUUGAACCAUCAAUGCAUAUUGGGCAUUUGAUGUAGACUAUCCUUCCUAACUGGUAACUUGGAAUUGGACCUCUGUUACUGUUUUGUAGUCAACAGUAGCAGUAACUUGGCUGAAGAUUAAGUUAGACAAAUCUACAAAGACUUUGUUAGACUGGUAAUCCAUAAUAAUCUUUAACUUUUAUUGUCAAUGCUGAGCUUGUCUCUGCACACCCUUGCUUUGUGUGCACAACCCAAGCUUCUGGAUGCCAUAGUUCUGCUCUGAGCUUUCUAUAUGAACAGCAACCGUCUGAUACCUUGUCUGUGCUCUCUAUACAAUACGUCAGUUAAACCUGUAUUAUUGUAGACAGAGGCAAACACUGCAGAUUGGGAGGACGGGGGCGGAUGGGUGAAAUUAUGGAGCAAAAUUAAACUCCUCAAGCAUAACUAACUGGGGCUUUAUAUGUUACGCUUCCAACCACCAUCUCUAAUGAAUUUAUGGGAUAAUAUAUUAACAAGAUAAAACAGAUCUACUCCCUUAUAGAGUUGCCUAGUUUUCUGCUGCUUUUGCGAGAGACUGGAAUAGAUUUUCCAGCCGUUUCCCAGUUCUUUGUCUUCAUUGAAAGUGUUGGACAUAUCCAUACAUGUGGUGGGGAGAGGGGGGACCACUUACAAUCAGGUGUAUGGCUGGUGUGCAUGCAUUUUCAUAGAAGGCUCCUACAGUUAAAAGUCUUGGUACAUAAUUUCUGUGCAAGAAAAAUAUGGAGACAUGCUGGUAUUUACCCUCUGAAGUGCGUACUUGUAGUCUAAUCUGUAAACUAUCACACUGAAAUGUAUGGUUCUUGUAUGAAUGUAAAAUUACACCUUUUAUUUCACAAGGCUUUUUUUUUUUUUUUUUUUUCAUCCAACUUAAAUAAAUUUGUAUUUAAAAUAGAUUUCCUAUUUCCUAUUAUGACACAAGCAAAGCAAAACUUUGCUCACCUGCAGGAUUUAUAUGUAGAAGUAUGAUUUUAUAGGUACUUUUUAAGUAGGGAAUAACAUGGUCCUAAAAAUACUGUUUUUUAUUCAUUUGUUUUUCUGCAUUUAAGGUACAGAUUAUCAACUUGCUGUUAGAUUGGCCUUCUUCUGUAAUUCUUGAUGUCUUCUUUUGCAGCAUGUCUUGGUAAGUCCCAGUGCGGAGCAAUAUGACAGCCUCCUACAGCAGCUGCGAGAUAGGAUGGAUGAAGGCAGAGGGGAAACCAUAUAUGUCAUCGGACAAGGAUCUGGUAAGUUUAUUUCACAUUGUAGGGGUGUGUGUGUGUUAAAAUUGGUUUGAGAAAAAGCAGAACAUUUGCACUAUAAUAGCUGCCAUAUGAAUUGGCAGGUGUGGCUUCAUUUCAACUUAAUACUCUGUAUAUCCUGAAAAUACAUUUAUCGAAAAGAUUUUAUUAACUGGGGUAGUACUUAGUGGUGGUUGGUGACAUUUUUAAGAUGGUGGGGUGCCAGACUUCUCCUCCAGAAUUUUAUUCCUCCCGAUACAGUACAGAGAUACUCCUACAAUACAGAGAUGCUCAUGCAAUUAAACACGUUGGGCACAACAUAAAGAUCUCUAUAAAAUACAUAGAGUGGAGUACAAUACAGAGAAAACCAUAUCGCAAACAGAUCUGAAAAAAAAACAGUUUGGGCACAAUACAAAGAUACAUGUAUAAUACACAGAGCUGGCUAGACAUCAGAGAUACCAGGACAACAGUAGAGCUGAGUAAAAUUCAAAGAAAUGACACACAGAGCUGGACACAAUAAGGAGACACUCCUAACUAUGCCUCACAGCCAGGAUUACACAGUUCUGCAAUACAGAGAUACCCACACAGUACAUGUGAAGAUAUCUUAUCUCACGCUAUCUUCCUAGCCUUCUCUUUGCCCUCCCUUACAUGAUCUCCUCUUCAGUAAUGCCCCUGCUAUGAUAAACUUGGAUUUCUAUUAAAUAUUACUGCAGUUAUGAAACAUAUUGGCUACUCCAUUAGCUCGCAGCGUACAGGGUUAAAGCCACAAUAUACUUAUAGACUCCUUAUUACCUUUGCAGCUGGCUAUAUAAUUAAUCUACAUUGGUAAUAUGGAGCCAUGAAGUAGCUGAGAUGGUUAACUGAAUCAACAGUUAUUACAGAUUGGAAUCAGAUCAGCCUCAGUCCUGCAGUUAAAGCUUCACAACUUUUCAACUAGCCACAGUAUGAGUGUCCCAGGUCUCGGCUGUAGAGUGAUUGAGUACUGAUGGUGGGUCUGUGCAGUGGGAUUUAUUAAAACACUGUGCUCUGUGUCAGAAAUGUCCCCCUCCUAGUCACCCUUUCACGUACCUAGUUUCAGUCCUCAGGCAGUUACUGGGGCUAUUAGGGGAGAGAAAAGUAAUAAAUAUAUUCUAUAUUACAUUUGGUAGAUACCAGGCGCUACUGCGGCUUUUCUCCUAUGUUAUGACUAUGAUUGUGUAUUUAUAUUUACAAGUGCUACGUUUUCACUUGUGAGUGGAAAUUAUGAUCCAUAAUCUCCCCCCCCUCCCCCCACCUCCCCUCGUCCCUAUUAAAACCCAUUUGAGCCCACACCUAUACAACCUGUCAAAGGGUAAUAUAUUUUAAGUCAUACCUUACACUCACAAUCAUGUGGCUAUAUUGAAGAAUGAGUCAUGAUGCUAUUUAGGCCGGAUAAUUAGAUUGGUUGAAAUAAUAUUUUAAAUGACUUUUGCAAUGUAGGAAAAUGUUUAAUAUUGUUCAUUAAAUAGCUUUACAAAUCCAUGUUUGCAUCAUGCUUACGUUUCUGUACUUUGCCAUUUUGCUGGACUGUCAUUUGCAAAUAUUGGUACAAAUUUGCAUCUUAAAACUGUUUUACAUUUUUUUGUCUUGUCCGCAGCAUAA